CUGGGCUGGAGUCAGGUGAUCUACUUGUAGUUCAAACACAGCUGUUUCCUUUCCUGAGUUCUUAUCACAUCUCCUAAACACAUUUCCUCCACCUCAGAACGUUUCUAUCAAGGAAAAGUGCUUAGGAAAGGAGAACAAAAGUAAACAAAGUAGGACGGUAGGGCAUCAUGGCGGCUUUAUGAACGGUAAGAGGCGGGAACACGGCGGCGACGGUCAGAGGGAGGACAUCAACAGGAGGAGGACCGGAAGCUGUUUGAAAGCCGUGAGCGGGAGUUUGUCAGCAGGGGGAGAAACCGGCACCCGGAGCGAAGACAUGGACCCCCUGCAGGAGCUCCUGGACCGGGUCAAGCCCAGCACCGAGGCGGAGUCCCUGUGGUUAAAGAACAUCUUCACCUCCAUCUCUGAACACCUGAGUCCUGUGGUGUGUAGCUCCGCCCCCUCGCAGACAGGUAACCACGGUGACCUCAGCCUCUUCGAUCUGAGCAUGUGUGCGGUGCAGGCGAUCCAGCAUCAGAUGUGUGUGGCCCACAGCUUACCUGUCAGCUACAGGCUGCUGUCCGUCUCCCAGCUCGUCUCCCAGCAGCACCUGGCCUGCGUCAGCAACCUGUCCUGGAGCACCAAUCAGCAGAGAGCCUGGGCCAGGGAGGCGGAGCUCGCCGUGCCGGGUCAGAGGGCGCUGCCGAGGGUCAACCUGCUGCUGAUUGGCUGUCUGAGAGAAGGCCCUGACGGAGAGUACAGGCUGACGGACGCCAGCGGCAGCGUCAUGUGUGUGUGCCUGUCUCUCUCGCCCCCGUGGCUCGAUCGUCCCGUUUUCCUCCCUCACUGGAACUACAUCCCCCACAAUGCAUCGGGCCAGGAAGAGGCCGCAGGCUUCUUGGAGCUGAUUGGCUCCCCUGUCCUAUUGUGUCCUGGUGCUGAGCAGAGAUUGGCUGCUGCUCCUGGAAGGGUGGAGCUAAGCGGAGCGGUGGGAGUCGGAGAGGCCGGCAGGCUGCUGAGGCACAGGGUCAAAGGUCAGCGGCUGAGCGUGUUCGGAGAGGUGGGCUCAGUUUGCCCUCUGCUGGCCGUGGCAGGAACGACCUUCUUUUGCUUCACGCUGACGGAUGAGUCGCGCUCGCUGCCCGUGCUCGUACAGGACAGCAGCCGGCUCAGCUGGAUCCAGCGUGUGUGUGUCGGGCAGAGCGUGUGUGUGACAGCUCUACGUGUGUGUGCGCUACGAGGCUGGAGAGGAAACAACAUCCUGUGUGUGACGAAGCGCUCCGAGCUGCACGCCGACUACACGCACACACAGGAGCACACACAGGAACACACACACUCUGAGUCCCUGCUGUCACAGCCUGCUGAGGACGACUGUGAGGAGGCGGAGCAUGAGGAGGUGGAGCUGGACCAAUCAGCUGUGAGGAUAAAGCACUCCAAAGUCAUCAGCUACCAGGGCACGGUGACUGAGGUUGUGAGUGAGGGGGCGGGGCUCUACGUGCUGGAUGGGAAGGUGGGUCUGUGCGUGGCCUAUCAGCCGGCGGCGAAGAGGAAGCUGAGGGCGGGAGACAGAGUGGAGUUGCAUCACGCCCACUUCCUGUACCGGCCCUGCCCGGACUUCCCUCCCAGCAUGCUUUGCACCUGCCUGCGCUCCAGCCUGAGGGUGACGGCCUUCAGCAGGGCGGGAGGCUCGCCACCUGACAACCGCUGCCCGGGAGAUGGGGCGUUACCACGGUUACUGCUGCAGAGAAACACAGAUGUGUCCGAUUACCUGUGGACCUGUCACCUAAGCUCGCAGCUGGCACACAGUCUGGUCCAAGGUGUGUGGAGGCAGCAGUGUGUGUGCUUGCUGUCCUGGAGGCUGAUGGAGACUCUGAGCAGAGCUGGAGGACGAGGACGCAGAGACAUCUACGCUGAGAUGCUGGACGAGCCUCACACCUGUCCUGUGACGCAGUACAGCGUGUCCUCGGCGGUCCGGCAGUACCUCGGUGUGUCGGAGCUCCUGGAGUCCCUGCAGACUGGCUGCUGGUCUUCGGCCCCUCUGAGCUCUCUGCUGCCCCCUGAUGGCUCCAACCUGACCUCCUCCCAGAUCAACGGGUUCCUGUCCUGGUCUUGCAGGACUCUGUCCUCCGAGCCUCAGGGUGGAGACGCUGUGAGGCAGCGCCCCCUGCUGCUGGUCGGCCUGCUGGAGCUGCCGUCACAGACGUCCGAGUUCAAACACUCGAUGCAGCUCAGAGACGCCGCGGGAGCUGCAGCCUGCGUGCUGACGGAGAGCAGCGAGGAGGAGGGAGCGCAGAGGGCGGUCUUUAACAGCGCCUGGAUCGGUUGUCUGGUGGGUGUGGUGCAGUUCACCAUGGUGACAGAGAGAUUCCUCCAAUCAGAUUUCCCCUCCUACCAACACCUGGACCAGGACAGGUUCAUCACACACAAACACUGCAGGGUUUACCUGCAGUUCUCUCUGGACCACCUGCACAUCCUGAGUCCAUCUGUUGCCAUGGAGACACACCUGAGACACAAGGGGGAGGAGCCAGGAGGGGAUGUCACUGCCAGGAAGCAGACAGUGGAAGAAGAAGAAGAGACUGCUGGGAGUAAGAGGAGGAGAAGAGAAGAAGAAGAAGCCGACUUCGGCAACCCCUGGCCCUGUGUCUCCAUGGUGAUCAGGGUGGAGCAGAAGGAGGGUGUGUCCUGGAGGAAUACAGGGGCGGAGGCAGAGGAUCAGGAGGCAGGGCUGAGACUGUGCUUCUCAGUGAAAGCUGCUGUGAUUGGUCCAGUGGUCAGCUGGAGGCGGGACCCGAAGAAUGAGCCAAUGACAGAGAAAGAAAGUGAACAAAAGCAGGAGAGAAAGGUGGUGCUGGUGUUCUCAGGUGUGUGUACGCGGUGGUUUCCUGUCCUCCAGCCUGGAUGUUUCUACAGACUCAUCGCCGCUAACACUCAGGAUCCCAGUGUUUUGAUUGGCUGUGGAGUUUCUGAGCGCAGUGGGGUGGAUCUCCACGCUGAGUCAACCCUACAAGUCAGACGUGGUUGGAGAUUCCACACUCUGACACGCCCACUGCUGCUGCCCACCUGCAGACAGGCCGUCCCACCCACAGUUUUGUCCGUCUCAGAGGUCUUAGACUGCAGCUCAGAGCUGGUGUGUUUUCAGGGUGUGGUGUCUGAAAGGAUCAGUGUGAACAACAGGACCGCCCACUCUGGACACACACACUCAGGUGUGCGUCUCACUCUUUGUGACCAAGCUGGGAGGAGUCUGCAGGUGUACCUGGACUUAAGCCACACCCCCUACCCACCUGGCCUGUUGCCGGGUAACACUCUGCUGUUGUCUGGUUUCCAGAGGAGGCUGUCCAGGACAGGAAGUGUGUACUGCACGUACUUACCUGUCAGCUCCAUAACUGUGGUCUCCCUGGGAGACACCAGCUCGGCCCAGCCUCCUCCUCCUGCUCCCAUCAUGCACCUGGGUGAGUGGGCUCUGAGCAGCAAGCAGAGGUGCGCUGUGGGACAGGUCAAAGGUCACGUGGUGUGUUUCCUGUUCCUGCAACUGCAGUGGAGCUGCUCGCUGUGUGGCAGCGUGUACACACAGGGCUGCAGCAGCUCUCAGUGUCACUCGACCUCGUCAGUGUUUCAGUCCAAAGCAAAGCUGGUGAUCGAUGACGGGACAGGUGAGGCUCACGUCUGGUUCUCAGCUGCUCUGGUUCGUGCUCUGCUGGGAUUGGCUGAUGCUCAGUGGGAGGGGCUUCAGAGAGCUCUCAGGGUCAGAGGUCACAUCAGAGUCUUCCCUCGUGGGCAGAGCCAGGUGUGUGACGGGGACGCUGACGACUUCCUCCUCCACUUCCUGUUGUGUCUGUGCAGCAGCGAUGUCAUGAUUCGGCCGCUCAGCCUCACCUGCAGGAAACACACCAACCAGAGACCAGAAGAGGUGAGGAGGUUCACUCGAGGAGACAGAGAGUUCCUGACCAGACUGGCUCCUCCCCUUCAGCUCACCUGUCUGCACCUCCACCCUGACUGAGCUCCACCUGCUUCGUUCUGACUUCAUCUGUUCUACGUGUUCGUACAAAUAAAACUUUAUUGUUCCUCCUCCUGUCACACGGUAUCUCACCUUCACUGACCCUGACGCUGGUGAUCAGGGUCAGAGGUCACACGAAGCUCUCUGGGUUUAACAGGUCAUGUGACCCUUCUACAGGAAGUGAUCCCUGUGAGUGGCGCCCACAUCGGAGACGUUCUCAGAUUCAUGAAACCUAAUUGGUAAAACUAAACACUGAACGUGUUUCGGUUUGUUUACAGAGGUCAGACGGUGAAAGCUUCAGCCUGACCAGGAAACAAUCAGUCCUCUUUAAAUCACACUUACUUUAAAUGAAUUCCUCCUCACCUUCAUGUGUUUUGUAUUAUUGCAUCUUAUACUGAAAGAGUUCAUCCAUCGACACAUUUUAACCCUGCAACAUUUCACCGUGUCAGUUUGUCAUAAAUUUUAGGAUUUCAGUUCAUCUUUCCAAUAAAGCUGGCAGCUCUGAAACAGCUGUUCUCUCUGAGGCUGUUUUGCAUGUAAAUAAAAGUGAAAUAAUUAAAUGUUCUGUGAACAGACCGUCCAGUGGAGCUCCUCAGGGCUCUGUGCUUUCACCACUUUGUUUUCUACGCUAAUGAGUGUCAGAGCACGUCAGCAUCAGUCCUUCAACAUGGUCACAGCCUCUGAUGAAGGUGUUCAAAUGUGGCUUUUAAUCCAGGUUUACACUUAAACAGUCUCCAUGAAACGGGCCUCUGCCCUCAUUCAUCCUGGAGAUCACUCGUCUAAACCAACCAACAUAAAGAACGUGAUGUUUUCAAAGCGAACACGCACACACAGUUGUUAUGGAUACGAUUAAAUGUAGGAGCGAUGAUUCGUGAAAUCCUACAUGUGUGUUCUAACAUGCUUUAAUGAUGGCACGAGCUGACAAUGAAUAACAUAAAGUUAAUAGUUAAUCUGCAACAAAACUUUGUCACCGCUUCAGUUUUUGGUCUUUUCCACAUACGGUUGUUGUUGUCAUGGAAACAGAAACCAAUCGGGCCUUGGAUGGACGUCGGGAGUUCUUAACAGCAGCUCGUUGUUCAUUCUGAUGUUGUUUUUUAAUUAUAUUUUAUAUUUAAUAUCAUAUAUUGGCCUUUUUCAGCUUUAUCUGAAGGGCCACGGGUCAGACUCCAGCUGGGCCUGCCGCUCUCAGCCUCACUCUGAGGAAGCCCACAGUCUCACAGUGGAAACUACACCGGGGGACCCCAUCCUUGGGGUGGACCCAUUUUUGUUGUAGCGUGUUUUGGGGUUUAAAAGCCACAGAGACGCGGUGCUUAGGAAAAAUGCAUUUCAGCUGUGCUGAUGCUCCUGACACGUUGGAACGUUGGGUUGUGUUGCGUGGUUGAGAGGAGGCGGCAAAACACCUAGCAGGCUAGUCGGAAGAACACACACCCACGCUGGUAUCGGUAAUCCACGGUGGUUCUUUAAUACGCCUUCUUCAACAACCAUAUAAAAGCCCGGCUGAACGGCUGCGGCUCAACAACAUAACGCCCAGCGUUCAUACAACCCAAGCGUUGCAAACAAAACAA